CCGGGAGAAGAGGAGGAAGAGAGGGGACCCGUCCGGUCCCUGCGGGCCUCUGGGAGCAGCAGUUCGUGCCCCCGGGCCCUGAGAGAGAACCGGGACUUCGUCCGCCCGCCGGGAUGCCGCAGGGGCUUAGGAUGGAGCUCAGAUACUGUUCCCCCAAGGAUGCUGGCAGACAGAUUCUGACUCAUUAAAGGAGAGCUGAGUGUAAGCAGAGAGGGGAGAAGACAUCAGCCUCCCACACAUCACGUCAGAGGAAUUCUAAGUAGCACUGCUCAGAGCACCACCUGGCCAGAUGGAGAUCACGGCAGGGGUCAUGGAUGCGGAUGCUAGCAACACCUCCACCACCUUCCUUUCUGUGCCGGCCCCUCCUGGAGCCCACGCUGCUUCCUUCCCAUUCAACUUCAGCUAUGGUGACUAUGAUAUGCCUUUGGAUGAAGAGGAGGAUGUGACCAAUUCCCGUACUUUCUUUGCUGCCAAGAUCGUCAUUGGCAUGGCCCUAGUGGGCAUCAUGCUGGUCUGUGGCAUUGGCAACUUCAUCUUCAUUGCUGCUCUGGCCCGCUACAAGAAGCUGCGCAGCCUUACCAACCUGCUCAUCGCCAACCUGGCCAUCUCUGAUUUCCUGGUGGCCAUUGUCUGCUGCCCCUUUGAGAUGGAUUACUACGUGGUGCGGCAGCUGUCCUGGGAGCAUGGUCAUGUCAUGUGCGCCUCUGUCAACUACCUGCGUACUGUCUCUCUCUAUGUCUCCACCAAUGCCCUGCUGGCCAUUGCCAUCGACAGAUAUCUGGCCAUUGUCCACCCGCUGAGACCCAGGAUGAAGUAUCGAACAGCCACUGGCUUGAUUGCCUUGGUGUGGAUGGUGUCCAUCCUCAUCGCCAUCCCUUCCGCCUACUUCACAACUGAAACGGUCCUCAUCAUCGUCAAGAGCCAAGAGAAGAUCUUCUGUGGCCAGAUCUGGCCAGUGGACCAGCAGAUCUACUACAAGUCCUACUUCCUCUUCAUCUUUGGCAUCGAGUUCGUGGGCCCUGUGGUGACCAUGACCCUGUGCUACGCAAGGAUCUCCCGGGAGCUCUGGUUCAAGGCGGUGCCGGGCUUCCAGACGGAGCAGAUCCGGAAGAGGCUGCGCUGCCGCAGGAGGACGGUGCUGGUGCUCAUGUGCAUCCUCACUGCCUAUGUGCUGUGCUGGGCGCCCUUCUACGGCUUCACCAUCGUGCGCGACUUCUUCCCCGCCGUGUUCGUCAAGGAGAAGCACUACCUCACCGCUUUCUACGUUGUCGAGUGCAUCGCCAUGAGCAACAGCAUGAUCAACACUCUGUGCUUCGUGACAGUCAAGAACAACACCAUCAAGUACUUCAAGAAGAUCGUGCUGCUCCACUGGAAGUCUCCUUACAAUGGGAGUAAGUCCAGCGCAGACCUUGAUCUUAAAACCACAGGGGUGCCAGCCACAGAAGAGGUGGACUGUAUCAGACUGAAAUAAGCUGAUGGACCGUUCAAAGUUUAAGCAAAGACAGACCUUUGGGACACCGACCAGUGUACUAGGAUACAACCAUCAACCAAGGACCCUUGGUUUGCUGCAGAGGGCAGAGUGAAUGGACAACUGUGUGAACACUGUGCUCAAGGAGCUCAGAAUUUCUAAAACUGAUGUGACUAGGUACCAGCACCAGUGGCCAACAUUAGCUAAAUGUCUAAUUUGUGCAGAGUAGGCACUGGUGAAACGUAUAUGUGUUCACAACAUUUAACUGGCAGAAAGAAAUAGGGAUUAAGCCAAGAAAAAUAUUGGGGCAUAGAGAGCCUGAAAUGAGAGACUUUCCAGAAGGGAACCAAAGUAGGCAUCUAGGACUGCGGUACAUGUGUUUGUAAGGUGAUGGUCUCUCUGACCAUCUCAGCUGCUCAUCAGAUACUGAUGUAGCCCACCUCUAGGAUCGUCCUUAGGCUUGAGUUCACUCCUAACAUUUGUGGGGUUGGAGCAAGAAUACAAGACAGGCUUCUAGUUCUUUCUUCAAUCCUUCUAUUCUCAUCUCUGGUCCUGACUCUCACCGUGAGGAGCCUUACAUGCAUGCACAUGGACACCCCAAUAUGCAUGGGCAAUUUCUGUCCAAACCCUCCUCCUCAGCACUGCUCCAUGGCCACCCGUUGGGCUUAUGGCCGUGCCCAUACAUGGUGAGACUCGUCAUCAGGAGAAGCCACAGAGACCCUGGAAGCCAUUUGGUCAAGGUAUUAAGGGGUUCCGGGUAUUUUGACUUGCUCCAGGGAAGGCCUAGGCUCAGGAUGAAUAUGUUCUCUUGGCUCCAUGGACUUCUCAUCCCAAGGGGAGGAGUGCAAAUGGCAGACAUCUAAGAGCCUGUGGGGCUCAGGGCAGGAGCUCAGGUUUUCUGGGUCAAAGGCUGAUACUGCUUCUACCUCUCAGUUAUUCUGUCUCGGACCUAUUAGGCUUCCCCUUACGUCCUUUUCCUUCCCUUGUGUCCAUCGCUUGUGAAACAUAGAAUCUUUGAAAGUAGACACAACACCUCAUGGAUACAGCUGUCAGCCAUUUUCCAUUUCCACCAGCUCUCACCCUCAGUUGUUAUGAUUUGAGGGCGAGAUGUGUUUGUCACGGGUGCCUGAAGCCCAUCACAGUGAUUAAUCCUUUGGAUUAAGACUUCCUUUUCUUUUAAAAUGGAUAUAGUCUUGGGACAGAUGACCUGUCAUAUUUCCACUCCUCAGUGUCAAUGAAGCCAUGUGGUCCAGUGGCAGGUGGUGAAGGUUGGUGGUACAGCCCUGGGCACCCAGGAAAGACAGGGACAUACAAAUGGGUGGUGGGCACCCAGUGGGAUUCAGUGACUCCACAGGCUUAUUGAAGGCUCAUCCUACUUCCUAACGCACCCUCAUUGUUUGGUGUUUCAAAUUUUAGAAUUUGGACUUGUGGAACCAGAAGAUCUGAUCCAGCCUUGGCUCUGUCCCCUGUGUGACCCUUGGGAAAGCUUCUCAAAGGGGACAAACAUAAUACCUGUGAUAGCUCCUGAUGAGAUGGUUGUGAAGAACCAAUGAGAUAAUACGUGGGUAAACUCUUUUCGGCCACAUGAGUAAUCAAAGGAACGGACCAAUAACUGUGUGUAACAUGCCUGACAAGGAAAAACCUGUCACCUUGGCUUAUGUCUCUAGAAACCUUACCAUCUCCCCCCUUUCCAUUAUUCUUUGUGUGAAUUAUUCCUUUACUUCUGUUAGCCAUGCUAUAUGUGUCAGGAACGUAAGUUCCUGACAACAUGCUGGUGUAACAAGGCAGUGAAACUUGGUGGUAAAAGUGUAACAGGGAACGGCAGUGUCUCCAGUCAGAAGAUGAGCUCAGGGUUUUAAGAAUUUCAGAAUCAGAGCAUCUUUAUAAUCUUGGAAGUGUUGACCAUGUUCCUGUGCCUGUUCCCAGCCAGCAUGAAUCUGGGCAAUGUGAUAUUGUUUCUCAAUCUUUUUUUUACUCUCAUGGUAUGUAUACCUAAAGAGUAGAUGUGGCCUUUUGCCCUCAAAUAAUUCGAGAGCAGCACAUUUCUAAGGCUAUUUAACUAACAAUUGUAUGGCGUUUCCCCUUCAAAUAGAGUCAACUCUUUAUUUUUGGCAGCCAAGUUCAUUUUUUAAAUAGUUACUUUAUUUCCCUGGAAGACACAUUCAAAUACCUAUUUAUUGCUUCCUAUUAAUCAUCCAGCAGACUUAUUCUACAGUGCAAUCAGAAUACGCUCAGAGAAUAAACACUGAUUAAACUAUUAGCCCAAAUCCAACAUGCCUUGGAAGGCAAUUCUUGUUUCUUAUAAAAUUACAUGUUACAUUCUAAAAUCGGGAAAGUGAGCUUUGCACCAAAACAUAAUUAAAGGACAUAAUAUGUUGUUGUUCCAUUCACCUUUUCUAUUAGAAAUGCUAAGCAAGAAUCGACUAUUAAGUAGGAGCUUUUUAUAUGUGACAACUACGCUUCUUUUUGCUUUUCAGUCUAGAAUGUAUCAACUUUUCACUUGUUGAACUGUCUGUAAUAUUUUUAGAUGUUGUGUCUGCUUGUGAUUUUACAGUGAAUGAAAGUGUUGU